AUGCUCAAGAGGCACCAGGAGUUUCUUGAAAAAAUUAGAUUCAGAGGCAAAGGAAGUCCUCAGAAAGCUACAGCCAUAAAAAGGGGGACAGAUGCUAUAAGAGUGAUCAAUGAAGUACUAAGGAACCCUUCACAUGACUUAGGUCUCUUUGUACUCGAAAUAAUCAAGUGCAUAUAUGUAUAUGAGCCUAUGCUUGGGAUUCCAAGGUAUUCUUUAGAUAAAGCUCUUGUGAGCUUAUGCAGUAAAAUAUUUGUAAAAGAGAUUUACAGCGAGAUUGAGAAAAGAAUUAAAUUACAUCUUGGAAGGAUACUGAGUAAGCAGAUGAAUUCCAUCGACGAAUGUAUGAGCCAUCUAGACUACAAUGAUCCUUUGCUGGAUGAAAUAGUUGCUGGAUAUCUCAUGAUAAGAUACAAAGCAUAUGGGGAAUACAGAGGAGAGACAUGUGAGAUUAUGGAAAGGGUAGGCCCGAGAAUCAGGGCUAGGGCAAGAAAGAUAUUUGGGUCUUUGAUGGAUGAGUGUGGUGGCGCUUGCUUGAUGAAAACCAGGAUCAAGGAGAUUCUAGCCCGGAGGAAUGGGAUGUUAGUAAAUAUAAAGAAAGAAAGGCUCUCCCAUGAACCCACAAAAGAUGAGAUAGAAUACAUAAGAGAAAACUAUCCUUUGGUAUCUUGUUUCUAUGAUAUUCCAGAGAGCAUUGGUGUACCUUACAUCCAUUUAAGAAGGAACUUUAGCAUUGAUUAUUUUAUAGGAAUCUGUAACUGGAAUGGCUUUGCUGAAAACACCAGAAUAUUCAGUGAAAUACCUAGAGAAAAGGCCCUGGAAAACACUACCUUUUUAAGAGAUUUGUGCUUUCAGAUGUGCAGGAACAGAGAGUAUCAUCCUGAGCUGAUGCAGGAGCUUAUAAGAAGGUCCACAUCUUUUGAGCGGGCAUUUAUGGAGGGUUAUGUAAGGCUAUCAUCCCAAGAAUAUAAAGAGGGUAAAGAAAAACUUAGGAUGGUCCUGGAAAUAGUUAGGGAAAUGGAAAUGAGGAAUAUCCCGGAGGUCUUGCUCUGGGUGUAUGAUCUUAUUUCUAUGUCCCAUAUGUUCUGUGGAGAAUACUUUGAAUGUAUCUUUUACCUAAACAAGGGAAUUGAGUUAUCUUACAAGCAUCAAUUGGAUUUUAUCGCUCGAUAUUUCCUCAACUGCAAGCUAGUAGUGGAGAGAAUAGGUUGUAUUCCUGGACCUUCCCCAGACAUCAACCUGGAGCUGCAGAAGACAAUUGAUACUCGGUAUAUAAUAGAGAAUGAAAAGAAGACUAUCGGUAACAGAAUUCUUACAAACCUUGCACUUAAAAAUGAAAUGAGCAAUCUUAGAGAAAUAAGGACUCUAGAAAGAUUUGUGCAGUUUAAGCCUUCUACACUUUGUGGAGAUAUACAAAGAAUACUGAAGCGCUUUGAAAAGUUCACAGUUGUAUCUCUAUACUGCAUAGAUGGAUGUCUGUUUAUCAACGACUUCAAAGGGUUUGUGAAGAUAGACGGAGGCUUCCGAGAUGUUAAGGCUCGGAUAAGCAGAAUAUUAAUCGAGUCUAGGAAUAUUCUCAAGGAGAAUGUACACAACGAUGUUGAUAAGGCUAGGUGGUGGAUGCAAAGGAUAGAGCUUGAUACGAAACUUGGAGAAGUGUUGCAUAGUGUUAGCACUAAGUUUGAUGGACUUUUUACUCGUAAAGACAUCAUUCUGGUUCUAGACGAAACAACAACAGAGUUCCCAUUCGAGUCCAUGCCAAUUUUUAGAGGCAAGGCUGUGUAUAGAGUACCCUCUCUGGAGUAUCUUGAAGAGACUUCAGGCGCCAACAUUUCUGGAAGUUCCUUUUUCUAUCUGCUCGAUCCUGAAAACAACCUUCCCAAGACUCAGGACAGAAUGACGAAGUUUCUUAAAUCUUUUGGAAUAACAAACGGCGUUACAGGAAGGUCUUUGUCGGAUUUGGAGUGCAGGGAAGCCGAUAAGUGUGAUAUACUGUUAUAUUUUGGCCAUGGGAGUGGCUUAAAGUACUUGAAGAUCUCUGGAGAAGGAAAGAUUAUGCUUUUGUUCGGAUGUAGCAGUGCUAAGCUUCUGUGUAUAGAGAACUACAAGAGAAAUGGGGCAAUUCUAAAACAUCUGAGAAAGAACUCUACGGUGGUUGGAUGCCUUUGGGAAGUCACUGACAAGGACAUUGAUAACUUCAGCAUUAAAAUUAUUGAAGGGCUAGUGAAUGGAUGCAGUAACCUCGGCGAAUUGGUCUCUAGGUACCGGAAUGAGUUUAGGCUGAGAUACCUAAAUGGAGCCUCUGUGGUUAUUUAUGGGGUCCACUAA